CUCCAAACUGUCAGGAGCCUGUUGUCAAUUGUUAUGUUUAAAAGGAGCCCCUGGAAGAUGAGGUAAUAAUAAUGUUAAACAUUAACUGUGUUAGUGCUCCCACUGCACUGUAAAUUCACCUCCACCCCAGCACAGUUGGGAAUGGCAGAGCACUUUGUAGAGACAGUCAGAAAGUGCAGUUUUCUAAUUGUGCUUUUAGAUUUGUCCCUUUCUCCACUGAAUUGUGGCACUAACCCUGGACUCAAAGGCUCCUGCUUCUUUGAUUGUGUACUCCCACUUCAGAGCCCUGGUUCAGCUCAAAGGUCACUGUCCAUAUGCACACAAUCCUCAUCCCACCAUUGGUUCUGUCUCAGCAAUGGGCUAAUGUCUAUCUGCAUACUUGCAGUGUUGUUUUCAAGGUGGUGGUGAGAGUGCUUAUCCACUCACUCACUAACAUCAAGACAAAGUCUCAAAUGCAGAAUGGCAGAGAAUGCGCUGACCUCCUCAUGAUAAAGCCUUGGAAAUAAGGAGAUUGACUAUAUGACUGCCUUGCAGGCUUCCUGUCUUGCAUGGGGACACUGUGUGUUGGAGCAGCUGCCUUCUCUUAUUUUGAAGGCUGGACCUUCUUCCACACUUACUAUUACUGCUUCAUAACCCUGACCACUGUUGGGUUUGGGGACUUUGUAGCUCUGCAGAAAAACGAAGCUUUGCAGAAGAAGCCACCGUAUGAGGCUUUCAGCUUCAUGUACAUCUUGGUCGGUUUGUCUGUGAUUGGUGCUUUCCUAAACUUAGUUGUCCUUAGGUUUUUGACUAUGAACUUGGAAGAUGAGAGGCGGGAUGCAGAAGAGAGGGCAUCCCUGAGGAGAGUCAGGAACAACAUCCACCUGAAAGCUAAGGAAGACAGUAAGAUCAGAGAUGCUAUUUUUCUAUCCAUAGAAGACAGGACAAGUCAAAUGAACCUCAUCCCACUGAUGCAGGAAGACGCUGAUAGACCAAGACGCCACUCUUCAGACUCCACCGCCAGAGUCCCUUCCUUCUGCACGUGUUUGUGCUACAGACCGCGGCUGUGUGAGAGCCCUGCCCCCUCCCAUCCAGAGACCCUCAGCUGCCACACCAAUCCCGUUUACUAUAAUUCCAUUUCUUACAAAAUCGAUGAGGUCUCUCUGAGCAUGAGGGAUCCCACUGGUUUCUCCUCCCCUGGGAGCACUUUAUCGUCCAACAGCCCCAGCGGCAGGGAACACCACCGCCUGCAGAGGAAAUCCAUCUAAAUGUGCAUGCUCUUUGGGAAUUUUUACUCUGAACUGUAUUCUGCUA